AUUUAUUUGCCUUCUUUCUCUCUGUUCUUUUCCCUUCACUUCUCUUCCAUUUCCAUCCAAUCUCUGCUCUGUGUUCAUGUUUUUUGUAUAUUCAUCUUGACUUUCAUCUCUUUCUCAUGUCUACACCCUUAGAACAUGAUUACAUAGGCUUAACAGAGUCUAUUCCUUCCCUGGAAACCUCUGAAACCUCCUCCGAUGGACCCAACUCUGCUGGCUUGAACCUUAAGGCUACUGAACUCAGGUUAGGCCUACCUGGGUCCGAGUCACCGGAGAGGCACGAUGGGCUUGACGACAAUAAUGGGUACCCUCACAAAACCUCCAUUUCCGGGGCUAAGAGGGGCUUCUCUGUUGCCAUUGACAGAGCUUCUGCUAAGUGGGUUCUGCCCACCUCUGCCGGAUCUGAAGCCGAUUCCCCCAAAAAUGGGGGUCUGUUCUCUCCCAGAGGCGUUAAUGAAAAUAAGACUCAACCCCCUGUUUCGGCUGUCUCCGGUGUUAAAGAUGGUAUUUCUCCGUCGGCCAAGCCACUGCAUGAGGAAAAGCCUCAGCUCUCUGCCCCUGCUGCCAAGGCACAAGUUGUAGGAUGGCCACCAAUUCGUUCGUUCCGUAAGAAUUCCAUGGCAACACAGUCUCCUAAAACUACAGAGGAUGCAGAGGGUAAGUCGGGAUCGGGCUGCCUUUAUGUGAAGGUAAGUAUGGAUGGCGCACCAUACCUCAGGAAAGUUGAUCUGAAAACCUAUGGAAGCUAUGUGGACCUCUCAUCAGCCCUCGAGAAAAUGUUUAGCAGCUUCACAAUUGGUCAUUGUGGCUCAAAUGGAUUCCCAAACCGGGAUGCAUUAAAUGAGAGCCGAUUGAUGGAUCUGCUCCAUGGCUCUGAAUAUGUACUCACCUAUGAAGAUAAGGAUGGUGAUUGGAUGCUGGUUGGUGAUGUUCCAUGGGAGAUGUUCACUGAAUCUUGCACAAGGAUGAGGAUCAUGAAGAGUUCAGAAGCAAUUGGGUUAGCUCCAAGGGCCAUGGAGAAGUGCAGAAAUCGUAACUAGCAAACACUUCUGCCAUAUCGAUGCAUCAAUCAUGCACGUUAGAGCAAAUGAUGUUUGAAGAUAACGUAUAAUCUGCCUACUGAAAGCUUAGAUCGAUCGAGAGAAUCUUUACGAGUAUUGUUCCUUCUUCUUCUCUGUGCAUGAGUUCUAAAUAUUGGAGAGUUGAUGUAUCAAGAUAACUUGUUUGUUGGCAAAGACGAUUUUCUAUAGGACGAUUCACAGUUUCUUAGUUUGUGAUUCUACUUUGGUUGUUGUGGCUACACUUCUCUUUCUAUUGUAAAUGGUUUGUUUGCUGUGCCAA